ACUCAGAUAGCCAUCCCUAGGUAGUUGCUUGUUGUUCACGCGUAUGAAGAGUUCACAUCAUUACAUUAUUUAAGUGUAAAUUAUUGUGAUUAAAAGCAUGAGUAGUGCGUGGGCUGGUUGCGACUCUUGCGGGCAGGAGUGCGCCCCCGCGUGCGGGACGAGACGCUUCCGAGCUUGCUGCUUCAACUACCUGCGGAGGAAGAGGGGGCCAGAGCUCAACAAGGUUCUCUCUGCUCCUCGAGAUACGAAGGAGGAGAAAGCCCCAGCAGUAGCCAUGUACAUGGUGGCGAACAUCCCAGUACCAGAACCGUGGAUGCCCAGCGCCGUGUCAAGCGAAAACCAACGCUAUUCGCUGGAAGACAUGCUUGAAAAUCGAGUGGAUUAACUUUUAGCACUGUCGUUGGGCCCUAUAAUUUUGAGUAGGCACUUAAUAAAAGUUUUUCAUUUGUUUAAAAAGUCCUAUCAAGAUUGUUUAUCUAAUCAGUCUUACCAAGGGGUAUUGGGUUGCCUGGGUUACUGGGUUGAGAAGGUCAGAUAGGGCAGUCGCUGCUUGUAAAGCACUGGUACUCAGCUGCAUCCGGUUAGACUGGAAGCCGACUCCAACAUAGUUGGGAAAAGGCUCGGGUUAUGAUGAUCAAGAUUGUUAAGUGCCCUCUCAAAUUAAGAAAAAGUUACUAUUUAAAACUAUUUAAAAAUACGUCUGUGAAUAAAAUUGGUUUUAAAAUGUGCAAAGUACAGAAAAAUAAAUUU